CCCUUGUGUGGAAUUCAGAUCCGCCGUCAUCGGGAGAUACAUAUAUCCAGAUUCGAAAACUGCAUCGAAAGCACUCCAUCACGGCUGCAUCUCCUGAUCUCACUUUCUUUUCAUACAGCCGAUCCUUGGUAGCCCGCCCAUGGCUGCUGCUCAUCAUGCAGCCCAGGACUCGAGAUACUCGCUUCCUCCCCCGCCCAAUCCGUACAAUAACAGGCGCUUGCCCUCACUAAAAGACCUCAAUUUCUCCUAUCAUUUGCCUCCAUUGGACCAGGACGGUCCUUCUUCUGGACAUGUAUCAGUAGCUGUCGAUCCUUGUGCCCAGUUGCAGGACCAUUCUGUGCGCCAGGACCAUCAAGUGCGCCAGGACCUUCGCCAAGACCCAUCUCUUCGUCAUGUUGAACAGUGGCGACGCGCAAAUACGCAUAGUUCCAUCUCGCCCGCGUCGACUCACCAUCCAGAGCCUCAGCAGCAGCAUACCCCACCUUUGUCUGCAGGCCACGAACAACCUGUACAUAAAAUCAUUGAUUAUUCACACCCUCCUCCAAGACAUGAUCAUUAUGUCGCUCCUGGGAUGCCCCUUUCUGGGCAAAUGGCUCAGGCGCCAGCACCCAUGGCCAGCAGUAGUGGAACCGUGCGCGGCGGUGACGAUUUGUCCCAUGUGCAUGGCCACCACAAACGAGCUCGUACAAGUAGCUCCUCUUCUGUCGAUGUGCCCCGCGAUGCACGACCGCCUCCUAUGUCGUAUUCUCCUGCUCAUUAUGCUCACACGCCGUACAUGCAUCCUCAUCAGGCUCACCAGCCGCAUCAACAGCCGCCGCACCAGCCGCCGCCUCACCCGUCGCAUCAGCAACAUCAGCAGCAUCCGGCAAGCCCCUACCAUUCUAUGCCUCCCGGCCCGCCAGUACAUCCUAGUCCCUCUUCUCAUACCCACAGUAUGCAUCAUCAUAGUCCGGUGCAACCUCAUCCUGGAUACGCGUCCUAUCAGCAGCCAUACAUGCCGCCUUCCCAGCCGCGGCCUCCGGAAGUUCAUGCUCAACAUCCUCACCACAUGAAUCCGGCAUACCAAUCACCUGUCCAUCCUCCACCGCCGCCACCUCAGGACCAUUGGGAACAACAGCAUUCUCAGCCGCAUGCUCACCAUCCACCUGCGCCUUCUCAUCUUAUGCAUCAACAUCACCAUCAGCAACCUAUACCUACCCCUGCACCCGUACCCGCGCCUGCCCCAGCGCCUGGCCCCGCAGCCAUACCUGCCCCAGCACCUCAGCCGCCAGUACAGCAGCAUCCCCAUCAGAACAUACAUCAGCAACCUCAGCCCCAGGCAAUGCAUGUUCCGGCACCACGUCCGCCUGUCCAGCAGCCCCAACCACAACCUUCUUUUACCAGAACAACGGCUCUGAUUCCUACUGAUGUUGAUACGCGAACUGCUUCUUAUCCUCCGAAUGGCGCCUCUGCUCGCGACAGCCUAGUUAAUGAGAUCGUCAAGCAUUGUUCGAUUUUAUAUUCAUUUGCCAGCCGUUAUGCACAAAUGCAAGCCAGCAUUCCUCAUUCUCAACCCUCUCCUGCGGAGCUGGCUGAUAUGCAACACCGAGCCAACUACGUUGUCCGUCUUUUGGAAGAUCUUCGGCGACAGAUGCAACCCGACGGCGAGCGUGUCAGAACUGACAGCCCGGUGACUGUCAGGUCUCCCGAUGAUCAUCGGCAACCUAAGCGUCCAUGGGAAGAUAUGUCUCAUGACGGUGCUGCGGGCGAAACCGAAGGACCGUACCCUGAGGAAUAUGCUUCACCUGAUCCUGCACCUAAACCACCGUCUGCGGCUGAACUUGACAUGGAGCUAAUACGUAGCAAACGUGCGACAAGUACUGCCGGAGGCGGUGGUUCAAUUGGUCAGACAAAGAAUAAAUACAGGAAGCGAAGCCGGGCCACACCUCCAGGGAAAUGCCACUCCUGUAAUAUAAGGGAGACGCCAGAAUGGCGUAGAGGGCCUGACGGGGCGAGGACCCUAUGCAAUGCAUGUGGCCUCCACUAUGCGAAGCUAAUGCGGAAGCAAGAUAAACAGCACAACGGCGGCGAACCACCCCGUAUCGAUAUGGAUACACUUCGUGCUUCUGCACGGGCAGCGGAGCAGGACAAAUCGCAUUCUCGGUCGGCCAAACAUCAAGCGCGGCGAAAAACCGAGCCGGAAUCACCUAUCGAGAGACCUUCGACGUCUCAACAGGCUCAACAUCACCAAAGUUCCUUCCAGCUUGUGCCCGUGGCGCCCGCGCAGGAGCAGUCUCCUAUUUCUGAUGCCAGUCGUCUAUCAUCACAGCCGAGUAUUCACCCUCCUCCUUCUACCUCGACGACCUCGAUGGCUGCUCCUCCCCCCCCUUGGGCGACAAAUAACCGCUCAUACUCGUCGGAACAGAUGCAAUCCCAAUCUUUUGUGAGAACAGCGCACUCCCACCCCCCUACGCGUUAGGUAUUUUGUCGAUUUAUCAUUUAUAACUCCCAAACGCCUCCUUUCCUGUUUUCCUAUGUCAGUUGAACGCCCUACAUUGCGCAUCGAGCUCGUUAACUUCACCUCAGCUACUAUCACUUUCAGUCUCUGCAUCGUUGUUCCAUUGGGUCCUGUGCAUAAUCUAUUGUGUUACUGGGGGGGGGGGCAUUUUGGUGAGGUGGGAUGAGGUGGGGGACUUUCUGACAUCUUCACAUUUUUACGAGAUCUUAUUAAUGCUUUUAGUGUUAGCAUAGCGUCCCUUUGUCC